GCCACCCAGUGCCGGGGAAGCAGCAGCCUCGCCGCCACCCAGUGCCGGGGAAGGAGCACCAUCAGGGGCGGCUGGCAAGAAGGAGGCGGCGGGUCUCUCCAAGAAAAUGCGUUCCUUCCUGCAGGAACAGGAGGCCACAGUUGUGGCCGCCAUCACCGCCUGCCGGGAGGCUCAGUCGCAGCUGGACCAGUACCAGACGACCCUGGCAGGCUGGGGCAAGCAGCAGCAGCAGCUGGAGGACAGGCUCCUGGGACUGGUGGACCAGAGCAGGAGUGCCAGGGAGCUCCUGCAGCAGGAAGAGUCCCGUGUGGCGGCCAAGGAGGAGGAGCUGAAGAAGGAGGAGCAGGGGCUGCAGGCCAUGCUGGAGACGUUGCGCACCCUUGCAACAGAACAAGAAGUGGGCGCGGCGGUGACUGAAAUGGUUCGUUGUACUGGCGAGGCAGAGCAGGCGGUGGAGGAGUGCCGAGAAGGUUUUCCUGAUGCCAGCACCGUCACCACCGCCAGGAAGGUGAGAGAGGCAUCUAGUGCAGCCCUAGAGGCUGGCCAGGCUGUCCAGGCAGCUCUGGAAACACUUGCUACAGAGGAGCCCAGGCCCCAGGCAGACCCAGACUCCACUGUCAUGGACAGACUGCACCUCAUCUGUACAUGGAGCUUGACGGCCGAGGACCUCCGCAGCCUGACGCAGCCCGCCAGGCGCCUGCUGGAGGCUGGCCGGGUGUUUGCUGUCCACCAGGCGGAAGGUCAGCGCCGACACGCAAGAAUAAGCCUUGAAGCCGGCCAGCUGUGCCUCCACGCCCUGAAGGACCAUCCCCCGCCACUGGGCGCGGCAACCCUGCAGGUGAGCGAGGUUGUGCCGCCCUCCCCCCCCUGCACGGUGUUCCUGGACCUGUCCUGGCCGGGCAGCGCGCCGCGGCGGGUACAAAUCCGUCUGAGCCCCGACACCCCUCGGGGCAGACAGUUCUUACUGUUGUGCACGGGGCAGCGCGGCCCCUCCUACGUUAACACCAGGUUGUGUGGAGUAGAGAGCAAGGCGGAGGUGGGAGAGUAUGUGGAGGGCGGGGACUAUGAGAGUAAUGAUGGGGAAGGGUCAUCCGUCCUGCUGCCUGGCCUUGAUGAGGGUGAGUACCGAGAGUCAGGCCGGGCGGGGGAUGUGUGUGGGCUGGUGUGGACUGACUGUACCCGGGGUGAGUGUGGUAACUUUGGCAUCUUCACCAGAGACUGUAAGGAUGGUGAUGAGUCGUCUCAUGUCUUCGGUGAGGUGGUGGACGGACUGCACGUGGUGGCCGAGGCAGCCCAACACAGGGACAUUAAGGAGGUGACUGUGGCGGACUGUGGCGUGGUGUUGUGAGGGUAAUGGCCACCACCACCACCACCACCACCACCACAGCAAGGUUAUGGAGGUGACUGUGGCGUGGUGUUGUGAGGGUAAUGGCCACCACCACCACCACCACAGCAAGGUUAUGGAGGUGACUGUGGUGUGGUGUUGUGAGGGUAAUGGCCACCACCACCACCACCACAGCAAGGUUAUGGAGGUGACUGUGGUGUGGUGUUGUGAGGGUAAUGGCCACCACCACCACCACCACCACAGCAAGGUUAUGGAGGUGACUGUGGUGUGGUGUUGUGAGGGUAAUGGCCACCACCACCACCACCACCACCACAGCAAGGUUAUGGAGGUGACUGUGGUGUGGUGUUGUGAGGGUAAUGGCCACCACCACCACCACCACCACAGCAAGGUUAUGGAGGUGACUGUGGUGUGGUGUUGUGAGGGUAAUGGCCACCACCACCACCACCACAGCAAGGUUAUGGAGGUGACUGUGGUGUGGUGUUGUGAGGGUAAUGGCCACCACCACCACCACCACAGCAAGGUUAUGGAGGUGACUGUGGCGUGGUGUUGUGAGGGUAAUGGCCACCACCACCACCACCACCACCACAGCAAGGUUAUGGAGGUGACUGUGGUGUGGUGUUGUGAGGGUAAUGGACACCACCACCACCACCACCACAGCAAGGUUAUGGAGGUGACUGUGGUGUGGUGUUGUGAGGGUAAUGGCCACCACCACCACCACCACCACAGCAAGGUUAUGGAGGUGACUGUGGUGGUUCUUUAUUUUUUGUAACAUCCAGGGUGAUGAUUUGUGCAUUACAUGAACACUUGAUAAUAUAAUCUCUUAUUUCUUGCUGCAUUCCUGUAACAUCCAGGGUGAUGAUUUGUGCAUUACAUAAACACUUGAUAAUAUAAUCUCUUAUUUCUUGCUGCAUUCCUGUAACAUCCAGGGUGAUAUUUUGUGCAUUACAUAAACACUUGAUAAUAUAAUCUCUUAUUUCUUGCUGCAUUCCUGUAACAUCCAGGGUGAUAUUUUGUGCAUUACAUAAACACUUGAUAAUAUAAUCUCUUAUUUCUUGCUGCAUUCCUGUAACAUCCAGGGUGAUGAUUUGUGCAUUACAUGAACACUUGAUAAUAUAAUCUCUUAUUUCUUGCUGCAUUCCUGUAACAUCCAGGGUGAUGAUUUGUGCAUUACAUAAACACUUGAUAAUAUAAUCUCUUAUUUCUUGCUGCAUUCCUGUAACAUCCAGGGUGAUAUUUUGUGCAUUACAUAAACACUUGAUAAUAUAAUCUCUUAUUUCUUGCUGCAUUCCUGUAACAUCCGGGGUGAUAUUUUGUGCAUUACAUAAACACUAGUUGAUAUAUAAUGUUUCAAUUUCCUGCUGCAUUUUUGUAACAUCCGUAUUAUGUGCAUUACAUGAACACUUGAUAUAAUCUCUUAUUUUUCGCUGCAUUCUUGUAACAUCCGGGGCGAUACUCUGCGUGAUGUUUUGUGCAUUACAUAAAUACUGGAUGUAAUGUGAUAGUUUCUUGGGGCAUCCUUGUAACAUGUUUUGUGCAUUACAUAAAUACUGGAUGUAAUGUGAUAGUUUCUUGGGGCAUCCUUGUAACAUGUUUUGUGCAUUACAUAAAUACUGGAUGUAAUGUGAUAGUUUCUUGGGGCAUCCUUGUAACAUGUUUUGUGCAUUACAUAAAUACUGGAUGUAAUGUGAUAGUUUCUUGGGACAUCCUUGUAACAUGUUUUGUGCAUUACAUAAAUACUGGAUGUAAUGUGAUAGUUUCUUGGGGCAUCCUUGUAACAUGUUUUGUGCAUUACAUAAAUACUGGAUGUAAUGUGAUAGUUUCUUGGGGCAUCCUUGUAACAUGUUUUGUGCAUUACAUAAAUACUGGAUGUAAUGUGAUAGUUUCUUGGGGCAUCCUUGUAACAUGUUUUGUGCAUUACAUAAAUACUGGAUGUAAUGUGAUAGUUUCUUGGGGCAUCCUUGUAACAUGUUUUGUGCAUUACAUAAAUACUGGAUGUAAUGUGUUAGUUUCUUGGGACAUCCUUGUAACAUGUUUUGUGCAUUACAUAAAUACUGGAUGUAAUGUGAUAGUUUCUUGGGGCAUCCUUGUAACAUGUUUUGUGCAUUACAUAAAUACUGGAUGUAAUGUGAUAGUUUCUUGGGACAUCCUUGUAACAUGUUUUGUGCAUUACAUAAAUACUGGAUGUAAUGUGAUAGUUUCUUGGGGCAUCCUUGUAACAUGUUUUGUGCAUUACAUAAAUAUACUUGAUACAAAG